UUGCAGAAAUGUUUGAUACGUGAUAUAUAUAUAUAUAUAUAUACACAUAUAUAAAGACCAUAUUUCCCAACACAGGAAAGAGGCGCGCUCUUGUUCGCUUCACCUUUCUCUUGAAAUAUACUUAGGCACAUAGACAAAAUCAAAACACACCGACACAUAUAGACACACACACACACACACACACACACACACACUCUUUCACACACACACAUACAGCUAUAUGUAUAGCUACACACUCAAUCACACACACAUACAUACACACAUAUAUAAAUAUAUGUAUUUAUAGAUAUAAAGGUUUAUUUCCUUUCUCCAAAACUUGCAACUACGACGUUGAGGAAAACAUGGCAACAUUUUCAUACUUGUGUCGGCGUUUAGCGCUGGACACUAAAGGACUUCUUAUUACAACCCUACGGACUUACUACAUUCUUGGAAUCUUCACAGUUACGCUAACUGGAGCGUUGCAGUGUCCCAAAGAUUUUACCCAGAAAACAACCGAAUGUUUAGCAGAUUAUACAAGAGAAUUGAAUAAUGUUGAAAAUAAUGAGUACAAACUAUUAACUGGAAUUGAAGUUGAAGCUAUCAGAGCAUUUUGCAGCUCCUAUCAAAAAGGUAUGAAGUGCAUUGAAGAUUUCAAGAGCAAAUGUAGCCGGAAAGAAAAACCUCGAAUAUUAAUAAACCUAAGUCAAAACCAAAGGGAGUUAAACAAACUAUGUGAAGAUGACAGACUUUAUGAAAAAUAUGCUCGCUACCAGACAUGUUUUAUUCUUCAUAGUGACCACACUGAGAACUGCUUUAGCAAAAUUACUAAAAAGACAGUUACUAUAUUUACAAAACUUAAAUAUCCAUCUGACGCAGUGUUCUGCAGCAAUGUGAAACGCGUCCAUAACUGUAUAGAAAACACUAUUACAGAUAAAUGUACCAAAGAUGCCGGAAAGCUGGUUGAGUAUUUGCUCACUCCUAUGAUAAUGAAAAGUGCACAGUGUGCUCUAAAAGACCCAGUAACGACCACAUCUACGCCAACAACAACUCGAUCAACAACACAUGUGCGAAUCAUCGUUCCCGCCGAUCGCCGUGAGGAGACACACAUUACCAACGGUUACGGUGUCACAAUAUUGCCGCCUCGCCUGUUUUAUCUGACAUUCUUCGCUGUUUCUUUCUAUUAUUUAAUGACAUUCUUGUCUUCAGGCACACUAAAAUGGACUUGAAUGCCACUAUAAAUCAGACAUGGAAAAAUUAGCUGUGAAUAAUGGGAAAUAAUUAUAAGGCUUAUUUUGAGAGAAUCAGCAAUUUUUGUUUCAUUCUUAAACAAAUAACCUCUAUCUUAUUCGAUGGAUUACUGUUCCUUAAACUGCUAUCUGCCAUAUUAAUUCGUACAACUUCUAAAAUAUAAAUAAUAUUAUAUACAGAAACCUUAUUUUUUGUUCUAUGUCAAUCAUAUUUUAUAUCUGCAAAAAUGUAGUUUCUUACUCAAUUUUAUAACAUUAUUUAAUCACUUCUUCAGUAUGAUGAUGAUGAUGAUGAUGAUGAUGAUGAUGAUGAUGAUGAUGGUGGUGAUGAUGGUGAUAUACAUAUAAUAUAUAUGUAUAUAUAUAUAUAUAUAUAUAUAUAUAUAUAUAUAUAUAUAUAUAUAUAUAUAUAUAUAUAUAUAUAUAUGAUGGAUCACUAUGACUAUAUUUCUUAUUUAUGCUUACAUGCGAUUUAACAGAUCCCUGUGUGUCCAUCAAAUUUCCAUGCUCAGUGACCUUUAUACAAUGGCACGCAAACAUAAUAGAAAUAGAAUCAUGUGAAACAUGUUUCAUAUUUAAGAUAUUAGAUAAUUCAAUGACUUGUAUUAUAUCAAUGUUGAAUGCAUAGUAAUAAAGUAACAAUGACCAAAAAUAUAAACAUAUGAUAUUUGUAAUAUAUAUUCUUUUCUAAGUAUUCGAAUUCUACAAUCAGAUGGAAAUCAAUGCGAUAUGCAUUGGAGAUAUAGUUUUAAUUGUGGUAACAUUUGCAUACAUUAUCAGUGAGAUUGCUAUGAAAGGUUUAAGGCUCAUCAAUGCUGUCAAUGACUCUUAUUCUCUACCUAUUUCCUGCUGGAUAACAUUAUUCAUAUUUCCUUUCCUACCAAUAAGUACAUUGGAAAUAAACCCAAUGUUAUAUGUCGAGUAUAAACUUUUCUCUUUCUGGAAAUUAUUUAAUACCUUUAAAAUAUGUGCUUAGCUUAGCUAUUAAAAAAUGGUUAUCAAAUAAUUUUGAUUAUCUUUGCCCAUGGCUAACACUAUUAGCCGACUGGUGAACAUACCAAUUGCCAUAAAAAUUAGGAUAUUUAGACUUACAUAUUUGCUUGCAUAGUCUUACACCUUUCAUGAACCAUAUACUACUUUUGCAAAAUAUCAAUUUUGAAACAUAAGAACCAAACACGUUUUACUUUCUCAACUAAAAUCAACAAAAAAAAACAGACAAUUUAAAAUUUACAUCAUAUGUUCUCAACUAAAAUCAACAAAAAAAAACAGACAAUUUAAAAAUUACAUCAUAUGUUUUAUAAAACAUUUUUAAGAUAAGUAUUUUAAAAAUUCAAGCAUGUAUUUCACAAAAUAACUUUCUAAUAUAUUCUAAACAUUCUUCAUGAAGGAAACAAUAUUCUAAUUGAUGCCACUCAAAAUACUAGGGGUUAAGAGUCUACUAUAAUGAAUCAAAGAUAGAACAGAAUCUUAUUGUAAACCCACAGGUAUCUCAUAUAUUCUGAUCAAAACACCCACACACACAUACACACAAACACACACAUACACACAGACGCACAGACACACAUGCACACACGUGCACGCACACACACACACACAUAUAUCGAAUAUAUCAAAAGAUUUUCAAAAGCAAUACGAUUAUCAUGCUCUGUAUCACAAAAGUAACUACGUAUACGCAGAAUAUUUUCAGUCGAACCAAAAUAGUAUAUCUCAGAAUGUGAGAUAUCAUGUACUCUUUUUGUCAAAGUAAUUAUAUGAUAAACCUAAAGUAUUAUACAUGGGAUUUAAUCAUUAUAGAUAUCAUGAUUUGUUCUUAUACAAAUAUUAAUUUACCUUAUCCAUGAAAGAUCGGCUCUUCUUAGUAAUUCAUUUAUACUGAAUUUUAAAUGCUUGCACAUUUUUCUGCGAGUCUCCAGUAAUUAAAAUGUAUUCACAUUUUAUUUUUAAAACUAUUAACUGUAACUCAUGUCAAUGGAAUUCUCUUUCUAGGUAAAAAUAUCUGAAAACUAGGAAUAUUACAUUAAAUCGUUACCUUAUAUACUUUGUCUUUAUAGUACUGUCUUCUGCAUUGCUAUCUCUUUUUUGUACAUAUUUUAGGGCAUCGCAAAUUAGCAAUUUACUAGAAAUCUGGAAACAGAUAAAUGCUCGUUAUCGUUUUUGAUCAUAAUUACACAAUAUGGUAAGCUAUCAGUAGAUUAAACUUGCAAUGUUGAGAGUAAAUAAUAUUUAAUGAAAGCAACAAUCACUGUAAAUCAAUGUCUUUCCUGAUAAAGAAACUUCCAUAUAUAUGAUCGUACUUAAUUCUUGAAGGAAAUCUUGACUUGGAGCGGAUCGGGGUCAAUGUGAAGAGUUAAUGCUUGGCUUUGAGUUAUUCUGGACACCAACUAUUUGGACAACUCAACUGAAUAUAAAGACAAGAUGAACUCAGAAAUACCGCAGAUUCUUUAAAUUGAUCGUCCUCCUAUUUUAUCUAGGCCUGAUUGAACCAAGCAGUUCACGAUAGUCCAAUAAUCAACCCAGAGGAUAAUGAAUCCGACAUAUUCUUUCCUAAAAAUUUGCUUUUAAGAUUCAAAUAUCGGCAGGAGUAGAAGAAUGCCUAAGACCCAAACAUCAUCUAUUUAUAUGCCAGAGAAGUUGUUUAAUGAUGAAAAUAGUUAAAUAAUUAUGCGUUGCUUUAAUCACUAAACAGUUGGAAUUUAAUAUUUUAAUAUAGUAUAUCUUUAUUUUCUCUUGUGCAUACUCCGGCUUGGAAUAACGGAAUGCGCGCAUAUCUGAAUGCAUAAAAAUGUGUAUCAUAUACUGGAUUGCAAGAUGAGUGUUUUCGUAAUUCAAGGAUGAAAAAUGAAAUGGAAAGCGUGAACUGUGACAUUUUUUGAAAGAUUUGGUAGUUAUAUUUUCUAGAAAUAAAGGUCACAUUUGAAAGUUAUACAGAAAUGAAAGGAUUCGUACUAUCAAUACACUUUUUUUUUUAGCCAACAUCAAAGAUGAUGCAUUUCAUAAUCUUUGUCAAACAUUUGUCACUAUAAAUUUAACUAUAUUAUAAUAUGUUUUGUAUUUACAAAUCGUGUAAGAGCUGUAUUAAAUUGAUGUGUUAUAUAGAAUGGAAUAUCAAAUCUAUUGUAUCUAUAUUCUUAAUUUAUGUUAUAGGAAUUGAAGAUGGAAAAUAUAUGAACGUAACACCAUAGGUGGUUCUGGGAAUGAAAAGUAUUUUUGCAUUUUCAUAUCUAAGUCUCUAUAAGAUUUAUGAAGAGUUAAAUUUAUGGAAAUAGAAAUAGGAAAAACUGUGUAUAAGAAAGUAAAUAUACAUUCAUACAGUUUUGACUUCAACACAAACUGAGAUGCGCUUUGGAUUUUUUUGGGGGGAGGGGGUGUAUUUUAAAAGAUUUAUACAAUUUUUCAUAUUUUCUCCUACAAAGAAAUCUUGAAAAAUUUGGCGACCAAAAUACUAAAAAAUGUUGUUUACACACACACGACAAGCACAUACACUCAUAUACAGAGAAAGAGAGUCAGAUAGAUAGAUAGAUAGAUAGAUAGAUAGAUAGAUAGAUAGAUAGAUAGAUAGAUAGAUAGAUAGAUAGAUAGAUAAAUUGCUAGAUUGAUAGCUAGAUAGACAGACAGACAGACAGACAGACAGACGGGUGGAUGGAUGGACAUAUAAAGUGGAAGAGGGAGAGGAGAGACGAUUUAAGAAGAAAAAGAAAAGAGGGAAUAAUCGAAUAUAAAAGAAAUUGGUCAAUGCCAAGUAUUUUUUGUUACAUUUAAGACAUUCAAUUGUAAAAUUUUAAUACAAAUGUCAAGAAAAUGUGUUAAUAAUACAUGGAAUGAUGAAUCUUGCUUAAAUUGAAUGUUUUUAACUCCAUGUUUAUCUGUAUGUAUUUCAAUAACAUUUCAUUCAUUUUCUUGUCAAAAUGAAAGACUUAUUGUCUGUGAAUUAAAGUCUUCAAUAUAAAGUGCUGAGAUUUAAACAUUCACGAUUCAUGAGGAAAUUACUCCUGCCUCGUUGAAGAAAAUGUAUUGAUUAAAAUUCGUUCGAACAGCAAUGAUUAUUUUUACAAUCAACUGUAUUUUUUGCUGCAAUUCUAUCAUAAUUGAUUUGUAAAGGUAUUUGACUUCUUCGGAUCAUCAAGUUAGAAAAGGAACUGAUGUCCUAACUUUCUUAAUUUAAAAUGUUAUACAUACAUGCAAAUAUAUUUUCAAAGAUGUAAUGAAGAUUCAAUGUUUUCCUUAAGCUGUUGCGUUCUCAAUAGUGAUAAAUGAUGAUAUUACAAAAAAUAUUCCUUUCUAAUAUCGAACUGAAAAUCGAUGCAAAAAUGGAAUAUGACACAAUUAUAUUUCACAGAGCUGAUGAGCGAUAAUCAGUCGAAUCCAUUUGCGUAGAUUCCACGGAAAGAAACUUUCAAAAAAACAGCAAAUCACAUUUUGAAACAUUCACUCAAUUAUUUAUUCAUUCUUCAUUUUGCAAAAUGCAGUAAACGUUAUAUUUUCUUAUCGUUUAAGUGGUUCUAUAGAAACAGUAGAGAAAAUAUGAUUUUGAACAUCAUUGUACAUACAGAAUGUAAGUAUCACAAUAGGAGUUUAAUCGUUACGCAUUUAUAAUGGGUCCUUUGUAAGGCAAUGACUAGAAAAUGUAGAAACUAUCUUUGGUAAUUUGUUCAGGCAGAGUAGAAAUCACUUUUUGAAAUUCAAAGCAUGUUAGAAAUAAAUGUAUGUUCCAGAAAUAUAGAUUCCUGUUUUUACUGAAUUGUUUUUGUCAUGGCUUUAUUAGAAUCUCUCAUAACCAUUUUAUAUGGCUUAUUUAGUGCAAACUAUUUAAUACUGGGAAUUAACUAUGAACUUGAUAAGGAAUUUAGCUCAUUACAGGAUUUGUUCAGAAGUGAGUUUUGUACUAAAAACGUAUUCUUCAAUAUUACUAUCCACCCAUUGAUGACUGAGAUAAUCUCUCCUUCCAUUUGCUGUCUGUUUGCAGAUUGUCGAGAAAUCAUUGAAGCGUGUAUUGUUGUCAAUGGGCUAACUUUAGAGUAAAAAAGCAACCUUCAUGAAGUGACUGUAUGCAAAUGGCAGUUUCUAAAACUUAGCAACUUAAAUUGAAUGAUAUUGUUAAGUUUCUAUAAUUGUCAUAUUAUAUUACCUUUAAAAAAUUAAUAUACAGAUUUAAUAAGGCUCAGUUAAUCAGCAAAAUAUUUCUGCUGCACAAAUUUUCUUUAUAUGUGCAUAUAUAUAUAUGUGCGUGUGCGUGUGCACGCGUAAAGUUUUACAUAUUUACGAAUAUGUAUGUGGGGGAGGGUAUGUGUGUGUGUGUCUGUAAACCGACAUAUCUAUAUAUAUAUGCACAUAUAUACAUAUAUAUAACACAUACAUAAUAUAGGUAUAUAUGUAUAUAUAUAUAAAACACA